ACACAGAUGAUAAAUAAACAAAGUUAGGCGCUAUUGCCAAAGUUAUUCAAUUAACGUAACACUGAACACGUAUCGAUAAAAAUCGUCAUAAUUCUUGAUUAACUAUUAAGUAUUAUCAAUCGAGAAUCACAACAGUCAAACUUCGUGGACUGGUGGGUUUCAAAUACCAACUUCUCUGAAGAAAGGAAGGCUUCGGUAAUCAUACUUAAUAGGUCCUUACGUAAAAGUUACAAAAUGCAAAAGAAUGAUGACAUAAAGGGUGGUAAAAAGAUGAAAGAUAAAAUUGAUUUUGUUAUAAAAUUACGUGAUAGACAACCACGACUUGUGACAGAAUGGAAUAAAGUGUUCAGUGAUGAUAUUAAAGAUGGCAUCAUAGAGGUAUCUCAAGGUGAUAUAUUUAGAGAUGCUCCUUCUGCUGAUGCAAUAGUCUCCCCAGCAAAUAGUUUUGGUUUUAUGGAUGGUGGUAUAGAUAUGGCAUAUAGUAUGCAUUUUGGAUGGCAGAUGCAACAUAGACUUCAAAAGAAUAUUAGAGAGAAAUAUGGUGGAGAACUUUUAGUGGGUCAAGCAGAAAUAAUUCCCACAUUUGACGGGGGUGCUAAAGAGGACUCGAUGAAUUGGUCGGCUUGGAAUGGAGGAAAACCAAUCAAAUACCUGAUAUCAGCACCAACAAUGAGAGUACCAUUAUUUGUAGAUGAUAGUGUCAAUUCCUAUUUAGCUUUCCGUGCAGUCAUAUUAGCAGUAAAAAAGUUUAAUACUGGAAAUCCAACCAAUCCUAUAAAAUCAGUUCUGUGUCCUGGUUUAGGAACUGCAGUAGGAAGAAUGCCAGCUGAUAGAUGUGCUUAUCAGAUGAAGAAUGCUUUUGAUACAUUUUUACUUGAUAAAUGUCCUCGAAGAAUAAACCCAACAAGAUUAGAACAAAUGUCUUUUGAUACAGAAGUUAUGCAGAGAUAUCAUGUAAAGUGUGAAGAUGAUGAUGAUGAUGAUGAUGAGGAAGAAGAAGAUGAUUGUGGUGAUUGUGAAGAAAUCAUUGAUGGCGAUAGCGAAGAUAACUCUGAUACAUCUUCAAGUAAAUUACCAGUUUGAACUGUAAUGGACAAUGUCUUUUAAUUAGUUGGUAAUCAGAGAGUUUACAUUUUUAUGUGCCGAAAUUUAUUGUCGUCACCCUUGAGUAUCCAUUUGCGGUUGGUAAUCAGGGAGUUUACAUUUUUAUGUGCCAAAAUUAAUAUGGUCAUAUACAUGUAUUGCCGUCACCCUUGAGUAGGUCUGUCGUCAUUUAUUCUGUUUUCUAACAAAAUCUUGUUAGCACUUUAGAGAUUUCAAUUAUGACUUGAUCUUUUUGAAAUUUGCAUUGGUUUUCUAUUCUGUUGAAAGGAAGAACCCCAUUGAUUUUCAACAAUUUUUGAUAACUUAUUCACAAGUUUUAUGAAAUUUUGUUAGCCCUGUAGAGGCCUCAAUUAGAUCUUAUCUUUCUGAAAUUUAUAUUGGUUGUCGUGGCUCUGUCAGUAGAGUGCUUGCUCACUAACCAGGUCCCAGGAUGGAAAACCAAGGUCCUGUGUACAGUUGGAAUUGGAUAAUGAGGAGGCUGAGGCACGACUAUCCUGAAGAAAUUUACCUUAUAGAAUACUGCAAGUUGAGAGAGAGAGAAAUGAGAUUUAACAUCCAUUCAACACAAACUAGGUCAUUUCGGGACUAACAUUUAGUUCAAUUUUUUAUCAAUAUUUGGCUAGCGCGUAGGAGGAAACCGGAGGGCCCAGAGAAAUCCCACGAGAACUGCAAGUUGAAUGCAUUCGACCGGUUGGUGGAGAGAAGUAGGACCUUAAAACCUGUUUCAUAUAAAAUUGAUUGUCUAACAUUUUAAGAGGAAAUUCCAAGAAUUACUCACCUUUUUGACAAAAUCUUGUCAGCACCCUAGAGGUUUCCAUUAUGAUCCAAUCUUUCUAAAAAUAAAUUACGAGUUGUUAGGUCAUAACUGCUUGGAUGGCGGUUAGUUGCUGGUGGAUAUAUGUUUCCUUGUUUGAUAACCUAUAAUUUAAGAACAAUAUUCGUGUCAGCCAUUAUCACAUAUGUGAUAGAACUGGUUAAACAUGUUCUAAAUAUAAUUUUAACACAGAGAUCGUUGCUACCAUAUAUAAUGACUGACACCAAUAUUAUCCUUUAAAUAAGGUUUGGGUUAGCAGAUUUAGAAUAUUAGUUAGAGGUGCAAGUUAUUACAUUUGAGCAAUGUUUAUAUUGCUUUUAAACAAACCAAUUUAAAAUGGUGAGAUCAUGAUUAGUUACCACUUUAACAAAGUCUUCCAUUGUGAAUAAUUCCAGUAAAAUAAGGUUGUGUUAGUAUUUUUUAGAUAUGGUGUUGAGUGAUCGUAAACAUAAGUAAGAAAACCAAGGACCAUGUGCAUACAAAAUAUAUAAUUUAAUUUUAGUUGUUCAUUUUAAAUUAUUUAUUUAUAUAGCCAUUACUGGUUUUAAUAUACCACUGUGAACUGUCUCAGGUUAUCUGUACACCUACCUCUUUAUAAACCACAUCUAUUUAUAUUCCAUAUUAUACCCUACAUAUUAUUUUUAUACAUAGUUAAGAAUAUUUAAUUAAACGUCAAGAAUUUUAGAAGGUUACAGCCAGUAUGUUUUGGUUGGUUGUUAAAUCAUUUGUUGAUUCAUUUAAAUAUUAAGAUAGGUCAAAUUUGAAUAAUUAUUGGGUCUCUCCAUAAGUCUCACAUUUGUCUGAUUUGAUCACAAGAAAUUGAACCAAAUAAUGAAGCUAUUUAGCUAAGCUGGCAGUGAGCAUUACAUAUGUGAUUUGUAACAGCUCACAGUGACAAACGAUAGCCAGUGUUAAAUAGAUAAUGCUUGCUAAUGACAUUGAUACUUGACAAAGGCAAGUUGUAUUUGAAUUUGGAAUGAUUUUUUUGUGCAAUUGAAUCACAAAUGUGGCUUAACAAAUCAAAAUUGUUGUACCAGUAAAUAUAAUUUUUUAGGUGCAAGAUUGUUACUUUGUCUUACUGUGAACCACUUUGCAUAAUACUGUGAUUGACUAUGUAAUAUUUUUCACAAGAAUCCCUCCUGUACCAUCUUUUAUUUCUUCAACAUUUAGAAAUUGACUUAAAACAAAAAAAAAUAGCAACAGUUUUAUGGUGCAUUGCUUUACUUUAGAAUGACGUUCUAUGAAUGUUGAAGCUUCCUUGGUGAUGCAAUGUUUCACCCUAGAAUGACUUUCUAUAUAAGUUUAAGCUUACUUGGAUAGUUUAUUUUUUUUAACUCUUUACAUUGCAAUCUAUUUUAAACAUUUGUAUCGGAUGGAAUUAAACACCAUAUUGCCUUGUCAUUUAUUUACUUAUUUAUACAAGAAAUGCUUAUUAUAUUUAUUAGAAUGUCUUUUUUAUAGCAAUUUUUAUGAAAUAAAGAAAAGAAUGAAACAA